GCUCAAGUCAUUUACAAAAAGUGCCCUGAAGCCGUAAACAGCGGCCGUUGCCGCACCAUAGACCGAGGGACAGGGUCAAGAUGGGGGCAGCUAUACACUUGUCGACCAAAAGACAAGUUGUUUAUGGGGACUACUACCUGCCAGUGACCGUUAGCAACCCAGACCAUACAGCGCCCUCUUCGCCCCGGGAUGAACCAGAGGUGACCUUGUCAUUGAUGUCAGGGCAAAGCAUCAAGUUGACCCUGAGCCGCCGGGAUGCCACCGUCAAGGCCGCAAGGCGACAGAUCGCACAGCUGUGCUGCAUGCCGGAGCAGGCAGUUCACCUUCUCAAUGCUGGACAAGUCUUGGAAGAUGAGUUGCUUUUGAUCGGCCUCGAGUCCACGCAAAUCAUCUUCGAUGCCAGCUUUCUGAGGAAAGGUCCUUUGCCCGGCGUUUCCAGACUCGGCCUUUGGCAUGGCGUGCAGGCUCGGUUGAGGCUGCUGAACCCAGUGGCCAGUGGCACGUGGAUGACCGCCACGCUUCGCGAAGCACCGCGCUUGGUUGCGCAGAAACGUUCCGUAGCUUUUCGUUACACUGCCGAAGCAGAUGAUGUGGGCAACUUGCAUUCCCUCAGUGCUGUAAAGAAAUCAGGUACUUCUGGUCGACACUUUGCAGUUAGCAUCGAGGGCCUUGAUCAUUACCGUGCUCGAAUUUUUCGGCCUUUGUCGAGCAAGGAGUACGUCCUCUACGAUCCUGCAGCUUCCAUGAGAGGAUCUGAAGCCCGGGAGAUGGGUUGCCUACGCUUGCGCAGCAAGCGGCGCAUGGGGCCCAGCGACUUGGACUUUGUGAUGCCCAAAGUGAAGGAGGAUGGCACCGCUGCACAGUUCAGACCUUUAGCUUUGAAGGAGUCCAUUUCGCAGAUCUACGAAAGAGGAAACAUGGAACACUUGCAAGUCUUGUGGGGCACUUCGGCAGAUAGUUCCAUCGAGCUUCAAUGGCAGGGCUGCGUGAUUUUUGAAGCUUGUUCCAUCGACAAGACUUGGAAGGUGCGGUUUCAACAUCCAUUGUCCCACUUCCAAGCAUUUGGCAUCAUGAUUGGAGUCUUGGACAAUGCCUGCUUAGCUAGUUUCCACCAGUAAGUGCCUCAAGUCCAGCGACGCGAGCCAUGCAAUUUGGUUCACCA